CUUUUCUCGGAUUCAGCAGCGGGGAAAGCAACCCACGGAAACAAAUCCAAAACCCGCUUCGUGCGCCACACCCGCUAAGGCCGCCGCCGCUUCUUCCGAAAUGGCCGCCGCCGCCGCGUCCCCCUCCUCUUCCCCGCCGCCGCCGCCGAUGUCGCCGGCACCGCAGGCCGCUUCGCCGGCGGAGGAUCGGCGGGGCGGGAGGGCACCGGUCCCCCCCUACGUGAAGGCGGCGGCGGGGUCGGUCGGCGGCGUGAUGGAGGCGUGCUGCCUGCAGCCGAUCGACGUCAUCAAGACGCGGCUGCAGCUAGACCGCUCGGGGGCGUACCGGGGCAUCGCGCACUGCGGCACCACCGUCGUGCGCUCCGAGGGCGUGCGCGCGCUCUGGAAGGGGCUCACGCCCUUCGCCACCCACCUCACGCUCAAGUACGCGCUCCGCCUCGGCUCCAACGCCGUGCUGCAGUCCGCGUUCAAGGACCCCGGCACGGGCAAGGUCUCCGCGCACGGCCGCCUCGCCUCCGGGUUCGGCGCCGGCGUCCUCGAGGCCCUCCUCAUCGUCACCCCCUUCGAGGUGGUUAAAAUCAGGUUGCAGCAACAAAAAGGUCUAAGCCCUGACCUGCUGAGAUAUAAGGGGCCAAUACAUUGUGCUAGGACGAUUGUUACUGAGGAGGGUCUUUUUGGCCUGUGGGCUGGAGCAUUACCAACCGUCAUGCGUAAUGGCACAAACCAAGCCGCAAUGUUCACUGCCAAGAAUACAUUUGAUAUUGUUCUCUGGAAGAAGCAUGAAGGAGAUGGGAAGGUUCUCCAGCCAUGGCAGUCAAUGAUUUCAGGUUUUCUUGCAGGAACUGCAGGUCCGAUCUGCACUGGACCCUUCGAUGUCGUGAAGACUAGACUGAUGGCCCAGGGGAGAACUGGUGACAUCAAGUACAAGGGUAUGGUCCACGCGAUACGCACAAUAUACACUGAAGAGGGUCUCAGAGCCCUUUGGAAAGGUUUGCUUCCGAGGCUUAUGAGGAUUCCACCUGGUCAGGCUAUAAUGUGGGCGGUGGCUGAUCAGGUGAUGGGCCUCUAUGAGAGAUCAUAUCUGCAGCCGGCUCAUAUGUAAUCCCCGUACUUAAGUGAUGAACUCAAAUUUGUUCAGUUCAUCACUUUGGAUCGGUGGUAGAGGGACAAGGCGUCAAAAACUCAAAAUCGUUGAUCGGAAAAGUAUCUGUUCAAUUACCUAGACAUUAGAUUGUUCAUAGCCAAGAGUUGAGUACUGGCCGGAGCAAUGAACUGAUGUAUUCUAAGCAAUCAAUAAUGGUGAAACGCCCUAUUGGAUUUUGAUACAAGUGUGCUGAUGACCGCAAUGUAUGUAAUGGAGUAGUAAAUUGCAAUAGCGUAGACCUGCCUGUUUUGCUUC